UAGGAAGGUUUACUUUACCACCAGCGAAAUAUCAUGUGUGCAUGUAAAAAGUGUACUCGAACAGAUGCUGAUUGUUGUGUGUAGUUAGCCGUGAAAAGCUUCUGCAUUCACAGAAAGCUUCUGCUUCUCACUUCGAGUUCUGACUUACAUACGACUGGACUGGGACGCGCUCGCUUUGUCGUCGGUUGAUCCUGGAGGUGUUGUGCCGUUUUUGUUGAAUUAAAAAUUCAAAUGAUCAAUAGCGUAUAGUUGUGGGUGUCAUUAGCGAAUUAUUCUUUCUUGAAAGAUAGUCUCAAUCUCGUAGUGUCUUCUGGUCAUUGUAAAAGUAAAAGUACGUUCUUACAGUGCAGCUGUGCAUGACCGUACGUUCAUACCAACUGAAAAUAUAGAAUGUAUGAGUCGUUCUCAGCGUUUUCCUUGAGCGCGUCGACACUUCAAGGAUUGCGUUCUAGUGUACCUUCGAGCUGCUGCUAACUGCUGAGCAUUUGAAAAAAACUACAAAGAAAUCGGUUCAUUAAAGAGGAUGUACUUUGUGCAAAGGUUAAGUAAUUACUAAAUAGCUGCUGAUUUUCAACCGUUGAAUACCUACAUAAGAAAAAGAAAAAAUAACGUGGAUUAGCUGUUUUCUCCAUCUCCAAUAGCUAUAGCAUCGCAAAAUAUUCGAGAUGAUAGACCAGAAAAUGCUCGGACUGGGUUGAUGAUGAGAAAAGUUCCCUUACAUCCUGCUCACUGUAUGUGAUUUGGUUGUGGUUAAGCGAACGGAAGCAGUUGUGAAUAAAAAUGCCGACUGUUAUUUCAAAAUUUGCCAAAAAGUCCAUCGACAAACUCGAGGAGCUGGGCUACUCCAAAGAGUUGGUCUCCAAAGGUUUAGUGUCCACUGCCUUACUUGCAUAUUGUCUGAAGAUUUCCUAUCCCUACAUAAAGCAGCAGUUCAACCACAGUAACAGUGCACCAGAAAGCAAAUGUGAUAACGGUUUGAGUAGAAAUGAAAACAACAACCUUACCAAACCGGUGCCAACCGAAGAUCCGGAAGAAAAGAUCGAGAAGAUAAUCAUCGAAAAGAAGCGACGGCGGAAAAAGCUGCCUGGCCUUAACCUCGAGUUCAUACUGCAACUGAGAAAGCUCAUUCAGAUCAUGAUCCCGCGCGUUCUCUGCGAGGAGACUGGCCUUUUGGCGGUCCACACUCUGUGCCUCAUUUCGCGGACCUUCCUCAGCAUUUAUGUUGCCGCGAUGGAAGGUGCCAUAGUGAAGUAUAUUGUGCGAAAAGAUGUGAAAAACUUUGUGCUGAUGCUGCUCAAGUGGUUCGGCAUCGCGAUACCAGCCACGUUCGUCAAUUCCAUGAUCCGAUAUCUGGAGAACAAAUUAGCGGUGGCGUUUAGAACUAGACUAGUGAACCACGCUUACGGUUUGUACUUCAAGAAUCAAACCUACUACAAAGUGUCAAAUCUGGAUGGGCGAAUCGAAAACGCGGAUCACCGUCUAACCGACGAUAUUUCGACCUUCUCGAGCUCGGUCGCUCACCUCUACAGCCACCUGACGAAGCCAUGCUUCGAUCUGAUGUUGAUUGGUAUUGCAAUGGCGCGUUCGUCAAGGAAAAUGAAAGCGAACAUUGUAAUGGGACCGGCACUGGCCAUGUGUGUGAUAGGAACGACGGCACACAUUAUGCGGAUAGUAUCACCCAAAUUCGGACAGCUCGUUUCGGAAGAGGCGAACCGAAACGGAUAUCUGCGACAUGUGCAUUCCAAGAUAAUAACAAACGCCGAGGAGAUCGCUUUUUAUGGUGGACACAAGGUAGAGCACGCGCAAUUACGGGAUGCAUACGCACGCCUAGUCAAUCAAAUGAAUAUAAUCUUUACCCAAAAGCUUUGGUUCAUAAUGCUCGAACAAUUCUUUAUGAAGUAUGUCUGGUCCGGUACCGGAAUGAUUAUGGUUUCUUUGCCUAUCUUAACGACAGGUGGUCUACCGGACGAUGCAAAAAGUAGUAUAAUCAAGUCAAACUCCGAGCAUGGAGUCAGUGAGAGAACACAAUAUUUCACGACUGCUAGGAACCUACUACUAAGUGGGGCAGAUGCGAUCGAGCGUCUUAUGUCCUCUUAUAAGGAGAUUGUUGCCCUCGCGGGUUACACUAGUCGUGUAGCGGGAAUGUUUGAAGUGUUUGAUGAGGUAUCUCGUGGAAUUUAUCAGAAGACUGUCGUCACUCCAGAUCGUAACGGUGGUGGGGUUCUAGAGUUUAUAAAUGGCCAACCUGUAGCCAAAGGAAAGAUAGUUUGCAGUGAUCACAUCGGUGAUAUGACCAUAUCGUUGGAAAAUGUGCCGGUGGUGACACCAAACUGUGACAUCGUUGUGUCCAGCUUGACUCUUACCAUUAGCCCUGGAAUGCAUUUACUAAUCACCGGACCGAACGGAUGUGGCAAGUCGAGUCUUUUCCGCAUCCUCAGUGGGCUGUGGCCGAUUUACGGAGGAAUACUGAGUUUACCAAAGCUAGCGGAAGGAAAGCCCUGUAUGUUUUAUAUUCCCCAACGACCGUACAUGUCUUGCGGAAGUCUGCGUGAUCAGAUUAUUUAUCCGGAUACGCGCAAGGAGAUGGCAAAUAAAAACAUCACCGAAUACCAGCUGAGAGAGAUCAUGCGAAUGGUGUGCUUAGAGCACAUUAUAGAUAGGGACAGUUUUGACGAAAUUCGAGACUGGAAGGACACACUCUCUGGCGGCGAAAAACAACGAAUGGCGAUGGCCAGGCUGUUUUAUCACAAACCACAUUACGCUCUGUUGGAUGAAUGCACCAGCGCUGUAUCCAUCGACGUAGAAAGUUCGAUAUACGAGACGGCUAAAUCGAUGGGAAUCACUCUUCUGACGAUCACCCACAGGCCGACAUUAUGGAAAUUCCACACCCACAUACUAGAGUUCGACGGACAAGGUGGAUGGGUGUUUGAACAACUUGCCAAUGAUGCUCAGCCACAGGUUCCUAAAGCUAGACAGAGCAUAUUCCAAAAUCACAAACCAUUCACGGACGCACAGGAUAUGACAGUUUCUGCAGUUUCAGUGUAAUUUAUCACUUACGGACAUCAGCCAGUGUUCUUAGCAGGUGUCCAUCACAAAUUAUCGAGAUUAUUCAAAAUAUUACACAAUCUGUGACAAUUCUAGCAAAAUUACCUACCCUAGAAGCAUAGUUUAAAUAGCAUAUUGAAGGUGAUUAGUUGGCGUACUUAUCGCAAGAGAAGGCAAACAGGAACAAAUUCAUCUAGCUUUACUGAGAUGAUGAACUACAAUCCAGUUGUUCGAUUAACGUUUUAUCAGAACGUCUAAGCUAGUAUUAGGAAGGGUUAACAAAUUAGGCAUAUUUCCUUCACUGUCAAUUGAACAUCACUUUCUGUACAGUCUAAAAAUCCUACAGUUCUUUAUUAUUUGUACAGAUUUGUUUAGUGAAUCCACAGCUUUGGGGCUUCUAUCGGUUCCAAUCAGUUUGGAUAAAAUUACUUGUAAUAUUAUUGUAAAAUACAUUUCGAAGUGAUUUCAAAGUAAA